GUGCCGUGAGUUUUUACUGUUCACCUUUAAUUUAAACUAUUUGAGUUUCGACAAGAGUUUGUUUUAAUAAAAAUAACAAAAUGAAGAAGAAAAUAGUAGCUUUUAAAAAGAAAAAAAAGAUGCCAUCGUCUGAAGUAAUUUCACAAUUGGAAGCUAGAUACAAGAACAUAGACCCGACCAAGAUUGAAAAAUUCUCGGAUUUGCCGCUUUCAAAGUACACGUUAAAAGGUUUGAGCGAAAAUAGUUACAGUAAAAUGACGGAUAUUCAGAGACAAAGUAUUCACUUGGCGAUGCAAAAGCACGAUGUAUUAGCUGCUGCUCGAACUGGAAGUGGCAAAACUUUGGCCUUCCUUGUUCCGAUACUGGAACGUUUGUACUGCAAACAGUGGACUCAUUUAGAUGGGCUUGGUGCUCUCAUUAUCACGCCUACGAGAGAACUUGCCUAUCAAAUAGCAGAAGAAUUAAAGAGUGUAGGCAAAUUCCAUAAUUUUACAAUAGGACUGAUCAUCGGUGGAAAAAAUCCUGGAGACGAAAUGGAAAGACUACGCAAUUGUAAUAUUGUGGUUGCAACCCCUGGACGAUUGUUGUUUCACAUGGAAACGAAUUAUAAUUUUGAAACGCUGACCAUGCAAAUAGUAGUUUUGGACGAAGCAGACAGAAUCUUGGACAUGGGCUUCAAAGAAGCAAUGGACAAUAUAAUUGGCUACCUACCACCAGAGCGUCAAACUUUAUUAUUUUCUGCUACUCAAACAAAAUCGGUAAAAGACUUGGCAAGACUGAGCUUAAAAGAUCCAUUUUAUGUGUCUGUUCACGAGCAUGCAGCAACAGCGACUCCUGAGGGUCUCCAACAGAGUUACAUUGUAUGCGAACUAGAAGAAAAAGUAGCAGUUUUGUACUCCUUCCUCUGCAAUCAUCGCAAACAAAAAAUCAUAGUAUUUUUUUCUACCUGUAAUCAAGUAAGUUUUAUGUAUGAGGCAUUUUGCCAUCUAAGACCAGGCAUUAGUAUAUUAGCGACCUCUGGAAAAAGAAGUCAACUAAGAAGAACAGAUACUUACAGAUCAUUUCACAACAAAAGCUUUGCAGCACUAUUUUGCACCGAUGUUGCAGAAAGAGGAUUAGAUUUUCCCAAAAUUGAUUGGGUUGUACAAAUGGACUGUCCUGCGGAUGUAGAUUCUUACAUACAUCGAUCAGGAAGAACUGCUAGGUUAAACAAUAGUGGCGAAUCCUUGUUGGUUCUUUUGCCUAGUGAGUUAGCCAUGGUUGAGCAGCUUCGAAAUAAAAAAAUUCCCAUAAAUAAGAUACAGGUAAAUCCAAGCAAACUUCAUUCACCAGUAAAAAAGUUAGAAGCAUUACUAGUUCGUAGGAUAGAAAUCAAAGAAGCAGCACAGCGCGCUGUUGUUUCUUAUAUAAAAAAUGUUUCUCUAAUGAAGGACAAAAGCGUGUUUAAAGUCCAUGCUUUGAAUAUAGCUGCAUUUUCAAAAUCUUUUGGUCUGGCUAUUCCACCGAGAGUUCGUUAUUUAGAGCGACAGAUAAAGAAACAAAAUGAACCUAGUGAAAAUGAGACAAGUUUAAAUAAAGACAAAAAAGAAAUAUCAAAUGGUCACGAAAGUGAAAGCUCAGAGACAAAACAAUCUUGCAUCAGUUCUCAGAAAAAGUCUAAUUUCAGAAACAAUGAUGAUUUUAACUUUGAUGAUGAUGACGAUGAUGAUGAUUUGUUGACUGUAAAAAAGAAAAUAACAAAUGAGUCAUCAUCUGAUGAUGACUUGCCUGAAGAAGAUCUCGAAGCUGCACUAAAAUCUAAAAAUAAAAAAGCAAUAACAAAAGCAUCGAUAGCAAAAAAACUCCUCAAAAAGAAUAUCAAAACCAAUAAAAAGACUGUCUUUGACGAAGAAGGCCAGGAACAAAUCGAUCCUACAAAAUCAAAAGUAUCAGAGAUAGGCAGACAGUACGAAGAAAAAGAGGAAGGUGGCAUAGACAUUAACUUAGCCAAACAAAUUUUACAAGAAGAAGACAAGUAUGACAAGUUAUUGUACAAAGAAAAGAUGAAGAAGAAAAAACAAGAGAUCAAGCGAAAACUCAAAGCACAACAGAAGACUGAGGAAGGAAAGAGCUCCAAAGUGAAAGAGUACAAUGCAUCAGACUCUGAGAGCGAAGCAGAUGAUGAUGAUGGUUAUGAAGAGCCAGAUUUGUCUUGGUUACCUGAUCCAGAUGUAAUUUACGGUAAAGAGAAAGGAUCUGAUGGAGACAGUGGAAAAGAAGACGAGUCUAGCGAAGAAGAUAGCAAUGAUGAUAGUGAACCAGAUGACGAAAAACGUAGCAAACAUAAACAGAAAAAUAAAUCUGAUUCAAGCGAAUUGGACAGCGACGAAGAACAUGUACACAGGCCUAUGAAGAGAAAACUUAUUGUUGCAGAUAAUAUAGGCAAGAAGAAGAGAAAACAACAAGACUUCCAUGAAGCUGAAAACGAAAAUCUGCAAGCAGAUGAGGAACUUGCUUUGCAACUUUUACGACAAUAAAUCGUUACUCCAAUCACAAAAUUAUUAAUGAUAAUGUUAUUACUGUAAAA